AUGGCAAUAUCACGGCGGAUCAGAGCCCUCAUAGACUUGGCUGCAAUUUUCGCCAUAGGGCUCAAUGGAUUCGUCUACUUCUAUCCCGACAUACUAAAUGACCCACAACAAUGCAACUGGCACAAUUCACCAGCAUUGACCCCAAAAUUCGACAUUCUUGAUGAUAUUAUCCCACAGAAAUACCUCCAGCCGGUCCUACGCGCAGUUCCUGGAUUAUCGAAAAACGAAGACGAUGUACCUUCUCUUAUAAACCGAAGUCAAGAUGAGAUCCACAUGUUGCUUUUCGGUGAUCCCCAAAUCAAUGGUAAUUGGAAACUGACGAAAUACAUCAAGAGAUUGGACAACUACGGUAACGACUAUUACCUUGGCCAUAUUUACAACACCAUGUAUAAUCGAUUGCAUCCAUCACAUGUGGCCGUAAUGGGGGAUUUAUUCUCAAGCCAAUGGAUUUUGGACUCGGAAUUUUACAAUCGAACUUAUCGGUUUGUUGAGCGGUUGUUCCCCAGAGAUUUAGAGUAUAAACAACACGUGCUUGAUGUGCAUGCUAAACAUGAAGAUUACGAUUGGAACAAAUGGUUGCAAGAUGAAAAACUGAUGGAUCCAUUACAUCGAUUCCAAUCUAGAGUUUAUAACGAUGUUUACGACUGGGUUCAUCAAGAUCGACGCACUCCGAAUUUCGAAAACCCAUUGUUUAUCAACUUGACGGGGAACCACGAUAUUGGAUAUAGUGGAGACGCCACGUGGCAACAUAUGGCAAGAUUUCACCAUUUGUUUGGCCAAAAUAACUAUGUCAUCAACUACAAUAUAGGUACACCAAAAGAAUGGAGAAUCGUUGUUGUUGAUUCGCUAACUCUUGAAGGACCAGCUUUACAACCAGAAUUUGUCAAUUAUACUUGGUCCUUUUUGGAACAUUUACGCGAUGUCGAAAACCCCAAUUUCAAAGGCACAACAAUCUUGUUGACUCAUAUACCAAUGUACAAGCGGGCAGGAUUGUGUAGAGAUGGGCCCGAGCACCGAUACUACGAUGAAACGUAUCAACGUGAGCCAUACAAGAUUGGCUUAUUGAGAUCACAGAACCACUUGUCGUUUGAAACGACACAAAAGUUGCUCAAUAUUGCAUUCCCUAAUGCUGAUCAAGGUGGAAUCAUCUUGACGGGGCACGACCAUGAAGGUUGUGAUGGAUGGUACAAUUUCAAUGAAAGUGACAGCACCUGGGUUGCAUCAAAGAUACCAGUACCGUCACACAAGCAACCAGUUAGGGAAGUUGUCGUGAAGUCAAUGAUGGGUGAUUUCGAUGGACAAACGGGUAUCUUGACGGGCGAGUUUGACCACGAUCGAUGGAAUUUCACAUUCACUUACUGUUCGUUUACGGUGCAGCAUUGGUGGUGGGCUAGCAAAGUUGCCAUCUUGAUUGCGAUCUUGUUAAAGUCUGUUACGUAUUUGGUUUAA